ACAAUUAGCGAAAAUGUAUGGUUUCCUAGCAACUUUGAUUUGCUUUUCCGUACUCGUAACAGAAACUUUCGGUCAUGGAAUGAUGUUAGAACCACCAAAUCGGAGUUCUCUUUGGAGAAGUGAUUCAUCGGCACCACCAAAUUAUAGCGAUAACCAGGUGUAUUGUGGUGGGCUCAGUUUUCAAUGGAAUCAAAUGAAUGGCAACUGCGGUGUGUGUGGAGACCCAUACAAUAGUCCUCAUCCUCAAGAUAACGAAAAUACAGGAAAGUACGGUCAAGGAAAAGUCGUACGUCAGUAUUCUUCAGGAAGUGUUAUUGAUGUACAGGUUUAUCUCAGCGGUAACCAUCUAGGAAACUUUGUUUUCAGUUUAUGUGACCUGAAAAAUCCCAACGCUCCAGAACCCGGCGAGGACUGCUUCCAACAGUUGUCAUUGUCCAAUGGUGAACCUCAGUAUAACGUCUCCAUGGGAGAAGUGACCAUAAACAUCAAGCUUAAGUUACCAGCAGGACUUACUUGUGAAAGAUGUGUUUUGAGAUGGCACUACACUGCAGGAAAUAACUGGGGAACAUGUGAAGAUGGAAGUUAUAAGUUGGGAUGCGGUCCGCAAGAAAAUUUCCGCAAUUGUGCCGAUGUUGCUAUCGUUUAGGAAAUACAAUAUUUUAACAGCCGUUCAUUAAUUGGAUAAUUUUAACGUUCCACUUUUCACUUUUAUCAACAGUUAAAUUUAGAACCAGAAAAGUAUAAAUUUCGUUAUCAAAUUUUUUGUUUCAGUUGAAUUAAUAAAAGUGUAGAGAGUA